AUGGCAGAGCCGUCUCCAGGCUGGUGGAAGCUAACUUUCCUCAGGAGAAAAAAAUCCCAGCCCAAGGUUCUGUAUGAAAUCCCAGCAGAGUUUGUUUCCAACGCCGCCACUGUCCAGCACGGGUCCGGCACUGCCACCGGAGCUGCCACCCACCCAGAAGACAUGGUGCACAACUCUCAGCUGGAUGCCCGGCUGGAGAGGAUCGUGGACAAAACGACGGCCAGCAAGGGGCGCCACGUUAAGGUGUCUCACUCUGGGAGGUUUAAGGAGAAGAAGAGAGUGCGAGCCACUCUGGCAGAAAACCCAGAGAUGUUUCCAGGAGGUGACCCCAUGAGGGAUGAGAACCAGAGGGCUGGGAAGUGA